AUGACGACCAUGUCCGGAAUAACCAAUGGCAUCUCCCUUGAUACUCGGGUUGAGGAUUACCUCGAGGAUAAGCUUCAAUCCACCACGGAUCUCGAGCAUCUCGACGAACUACUCACAAACGUCGAAAUACAGCGAAACCAGCUCCAGUCGCAGCUCGACGAUGCCGUCAAAGAGCUGGAGGAGGCGCGGCGCAUAGCCGAUGAGCGCCAUGCUUCGCUCCAAACCCGUAUUUCCGAGUUCAACGAGCUACAAGAAAGCAUCGACAGACGAGUUCAAAUAGCUGCCGCAUCGGAUGCGCCGAGUGAAGCUAUCGCGCGAUUGCAAAAGCCCAUGAAACAGCUACAAACCGUCGAGCUGGCCCAGAGGUACUUCAUUCUGCUUCAGGAUGCUGAAAGGUUGCGGAAAGAAGCCCGGUCUCAUCUUCCGGGCAGCCCUAAGGAGGCGCUUGAACCAUAUGCACAGCUGAAAGAGCUUGUCAUUAGACUGAGGUCCCUACCUGGAAAUGACGAACUUCACUUGGUGGAUCAUGUAGAGAAGAUGACGGAAAAUCUUUGGAAUGAAAUGAAGCAAAUCAUGUCUGCUGAGCUGGAGAAUGUGCUCAAUAAGAAGCACUGGCCCAAGGUUGACCCUCAGUCUGAGAUGGAUGAGGAGUGGGUGGCCUGCGUUGAGAAGCUCCUCGACCUCCAGAUGCCAGAGGUAAUCCACAGUACCGGCGUCGUGACUCUGUUGCCAUUUGAGGUCAUGGCCAGAAUGUUCAUUGCCGAAUUUCGCUUCCACUUCAUUAGCGAUAAGCCGACCAGCAGCCCUCAGUCAGUCGGGACUCACUGUUUCCCCUGGGUUCUGACGACCUUGGAAAAAUGGGAGGACUUCUUUCGCGAUAAUCUCGGCCAUCUCCUGGCAUCCAAAUUCCACGAUACACCUGUGGCUGACAAGACCAUAUACGCGGACCCUGCCUGCGCUCUUGUUACGGCGAUGCUGCCCGUUAUUCGAGAGAAAGUCGAUGCCGUAUUAUCGGAGACGAGCACGAAUCCUGGAUUCCUGAGUAAUUUCAUCUCACAGAUUAUGACCCUGGAUGAAAACAUUCGAUCGCGAUUCAACUAUGACGGCGGUGAUCCUGAGAACGGUUGGGCAGGACUGUCUGAGAACGUCCUAGAGACUUACUUUGAUGCGUGGUUUCAGGCUGAGAGGAGCUUUGCGCUAGAGAGAUUCGAGGUGAUUAUGGAGAAUCGGGAUGGACGCAAAAUCGACUACGACUAUUCAGUGUCCGGCAAGAUGAAGCCUACCUACGCGGCCGUGCAAAUCACUGAUCUAUUACGAGUCGUGACGACGAAAUACGAGCGUCUCCGUAAAGUCAAGCAGAAGCUCAAGUUCCUUACGGAUAUUCAGUUGGAUAUUCUUGAUGGAUAUCACGAUCGUCUUAGAAGCUCGCUCGAGGCCUAUCAGUCUCUAACAUCUACAUUGGGUCGAACCAUCCACGGCGUAACGAAAGAACAACUGACUGCCUUGGAGGGGACCGGGGCUUUGGAGACGCUAUGCAAAGUGAUUGGUAGCGCCGAUCACAUUGCCAACACGUUGACAGAAUGGGGAGAUGAAGAGUUCUUCGUCAUACUAUGGGAUCAGCUACAUAAGCGCGAAUCCAGACAUAUAAGGCUUCAAGGCUCAGUCAUCGCCGGCGUGGUCGGACACAGCGAUGACAUCAAAGAGCGCACAGUUGCCGCAGUCGAUGGAGGCAACGAGGAUGGGGCCAUCUUUGAUGAGACUAUUGCGGCUUACACCAACCGUCGCAAGGCAGGUGAAGAACUUCUUGUGGGCGCUUUGGUUGAGUCCCACUCCAAAGCACUGCGCGCCUAUACUCAUAAUGUUCAAUGGACCACAGUCGGCGAAAGCGCAACUCCAGAUGACUCUUCGGCCUUCUCCAUCACGCCAGAGCUAGAUGAGCCCUUGAGCGUCCUCAAGAGGAAUCUGGAAUUUUUGGGCAAGGCCUUGUCUGCCGCCUCUUUCCGCCGCGUCUGGCGAGAUGCGCUUGACAAGCUCCAGGACUUGCUGUGGUCCAGCAUUCUCACCCGCCAGUCAUUUACCGCUCUUGGGGCGGCGCAGCUUGCGCAUGAUUGCGCGUCCAUCUUUUCGCUAGUGGACCGCUUCAUUCCCAACGGCUCGGCCGCACUGGAAUCUCUUCGCGAGGGACUCGUCCUGCUCAACUUGCCGGCUGCGGCAGAGGGCAUGACACUUAAGCAGGCUAGUGAUCGAGCAUUCACAGACAAUGACGAGGCACGCAAAGUCCUUGAAGAGCUGGAGCUGGUGGCUCUAACGCCGCCGAAUGCAAGGCAAAUUCUCCAGAGGCGAGUGGAGAAUAAUGAGAACGUUGGGUGGUGA